AGAACCUCAAGUUGUCAUAGCACACUCUUAGUAAACACGGUGAUCUUACCAUGAGUGAACCUGUGAAUCUACCCAAAAAUUUCGAUCGCUAUGCCGAGGUGUUCGGCCAGCAGCGCCGACCAUCUCAGGACUUCCAAAACCUGACGAAGCGAGACGCGCAGGCUCAGGUCUCUCAGGAACUGCAGAAGCUCCUCCGGACGUGUCCCUCGGGCAUUCGAGAGGCGACUGAGAAGGACUUUGAAGGAUUCGAGAAGCUUUUCGGUCGCUUUAUCAACGAAACCGGACCGUCGGUGGAAUGGCCGAAGAUAGAGAAGCUUCCUACAGGAUCGGUUCACCACUACACCAACCUAAAAGGACCCACAGCAGACGACGUGAAACAAAUGCUGGAAAAAUUGGUGGUCGUCAAGCUCAACGGCGGUCUGGGUACCUCCAUGGGCUGCACCGGACCCAAGUCGAUCAUUCCCGUCCGUUCUGAUCUGACCUUCCUUGACCUCACAGUGCAGCAGAUAGAGGCCCUCAACAAGACGUACAACUGUGAAGUUCCUUUAGUCCUUAUGAACUCUUACAAUACAGACGAAGACACACAGAAAGUCAUUCGAAAAUAUCAAGGAUUUAAGGUGAAGACCUACACCUUCAACCAGUCCCGAUAUCCUCGCAUCCAGAAGGAAUCUCUGAUGCCGAUUCCCCAGUCCUGUGUGGGCGAGGAUGAUCCUGAAGGAUGGUAUCCUCCAGGACAUGGUGACUUCUACAUGUCCUUUUUGAACUCUGGUCUUCUGAAGGAGUUUCUCCAACAGGGGAAAGAAUACGUUUUCCUCAGCAACAUAGACAACCUCGGUGCUACGGUUGACCUCAACAUCUUGAACUUCUUGCUGGGCGGAGACACACAAGGUCAUUGCGAAUUCCUGAUGGAGGUCACGGACAAGACGAGAGCGGAUGUGAAGGGCGGCACCCUCAUUCACUACGAGAACAAACUACGGCUUUUGGAGAUAGCACAGGUUCCCAAAGACCACGUGGACGAUUUUAAGUCAGUGAAAACCUUUAAGAUCUUCAACACCAACAACUUGUGGAUUAAGUUGGAUGCCAUGGAGCGAAUCCUGGCCGACGGUUCGAUGGACAUGGAGGUCAUAGUCAACAACAAGACGCUGGGAAAUGGGAGAAAUAUUAUACAGCUAGAACAGGCAGUCGGCGCGGCGAUCAAGUGCUUUAAUGGGGCACUGGGAAUUAACGUCCCACGAUCGAGGUUUCUGCCGGUAAAGAAAACGGAGGACCUCUUGCUUGUGAUGAGUAACUUAUAUAAUCUGAACCACGGCGCGCUGACGAUGUCUUCUCUUCGACAAUUCGACACCACGCCCCUCGUCAGGCUGGGCGGACCGCAUUUCGGGAGCGUCCAGAACUUCCUGAAUCGGUUCGCCUCCAUCCCCGACAUGCUGGAGCUGGACCACCUCUCGGUGUCCGGGGAUGUCACCUUCGGGAGGCGCGUCGUGUUCAAGGGAACAGUCAUCAUCAUCGCCAACCACGGAGACCGAAUAGACAUACCCUCUGGUUCUGUUUUGGAGAACAAGAUCAUUUCGGGAAAUCUACGCAUUCUCGACCACUGAAAAUGAUGAUAUAUGGAUUGGUACUCUAAGUAAAUAUACAAUAAUGUGUAU